ACCAAGAAAGACCCAAUGAGCCUUCGUUUGUCCCUAUUAUGUCGUACAGGCCCAUGGGCUUUCCAGUCCAGAAGCAUCGUCGUUCCGUUUCGUUUCGUCUGCGUAAAAACUAGACAGCAAAAUCAAACCUCAGAAGAUACAGAAAUGGCGGCAACGAAAGCCACGUUGGUCUACACUAUUUACAGAGCUCUCAGCUACGGUCUAUCUCCAUUGUUAUACCUUCACCUUCGUUGGCGUAAGAUCUUAGGUCUCGAACAUCAGCUCCGGUGGCCGGAGCGUCUCGGCCGCGCCUCCCUUCCUCGUCCCCCAGGCCAACUCCUCUGGUUCCAUGCCGUCUCCUUAGGUGAAGGAGUGGCUGCGAUUCCAGUAAUCAAAGAGUGUAUUCGAAAGAAACCUGAAUUGAAUAUCUUGAUGACCACUACUACUGCUUCAGCAUUUGAAGUGAUAAAGAAUCGUCUUCCUUGUGAAGUCAUAUAUCAGUUUGCGCCAAUUGACACCCCUAAUGCUGUGGAUGCUUUCCUAGGCUAUUGGAAGCCAAAUGCAAUUGUGCUAGUAGAGAGUGAAUUGUGGCCGAAUCUUAUAAUGGAUGCUUCACGAAAGGGUAUUACCUUGGCCUUGAUAAAUGCUCGAAUGUCAACCAAAUCUUUUAAACGUUGGUCAAGACCGUGGCUUCUUCCACUGAUUUCUUUAAUGCUGUCAAAAUUUUCAAUGAUUAUCCCAUUGAGCACUAUGCAGGCAGUAAACUUCCAACUACUGCUCGCUCCACCUUCUAUCAUUAAAUCUUCCGGUGACUUAAAAUUUGUUGUUGAAGAAUUUGUCUCUGAGGAAGAGAUGAGAAGUAUAGAAGAUCUGAAGGUGCAACUUGCUUGCAGGAAGGUAUGGAUGGCUUCUUCUAUACACAAGGGAGAAGAAGAAGUCAUUCUAGCUGUUCACGAAGUACUCAUCCAAGAACACCCAGAUUUGGUGACAAUUAUUGUGCCUCGAUAUACCCAUCACGGACAACAAAUUGGUCAUAAGUUGCAGAAAGAGGGGCAAUAUGUUGCUUUGAGGUCUCAAGGCCAUAAAAUUACACCUGGGACAAAUAUAUAUGUUGUAGACACCUUAGGUGAAUUGAGGCACCUAUAUCGAAUAACUCCUAUAGCUGUAAUCGGGGGUUCCUUCCUGCCUGGUUUUACUGGUCACAAUAUAUCAGAAGCUGCUGCAGCCGGCUGUGCUGUUCUAACUGGCCAACAUGUUGGACAUUUCUCAAGCAUGAUUUCGGAAAUGCAACAAUUAAACCCUCUGUCAGUUCUCCAGGUGUCUGGACAAGUUGAGUUACAAGAAGCUCUUGAAGUUGUAUUUAGGGACAAGAAAGUUCUCGAAGCUCGUCGUGAGGCUGCUAAACAAGCAUAUCAUUGCCUAUCAAGAGGUACUGUUACCAGAGUCUGGAACUUAUUAGAUAGUCAACUUCUGAAACAUGCCUUGAGCUGAAAACAAAUUAAGGAAAAUUAGCAUUGAAGUUUGAUGCCAAAGCUCUUACAUUUGCAAAACGAUUAUACCAGGCAUAGUUAGCUUCUUUUAUGCAUUUCUUAAUUUGAGCUAGCUAAAAUAACGAGUUUGUGAUCUUUUACCAAUGGUGGUAAUAGUAAAUGUCAUUUGAAUUGAACCAGACCCCACUCUUAUUUGCAGCAAAAAUCUCCUACCUAACCCAACUUUUGCAAUAAGGUUCCCAAUCUCAAUUUUUUUGUAUUUAAAUCCCCAAACUCUUAAAAAGCUCGUAUGUUCAUUUCACUUUCUAUACAAUUUUUUUGUUAAGUGAGAUUAUUUUGUAUCUUUGAUUCACAUGUAAUAUUUAUUUGAGUAAUGCCAGUUUAUAUUCCACUUUUAUUUU